UUUCUCUGGCAGGAGGCAAAAAAAGGCAUGGCAGUUGCGGGAAAAAUAAAUGUAACUCCUGUGGAGGAGAAACCAGUAGAUGAUGAACCUUUAGUAUUUGCUAAUAAGCAGGAGGCAAAAAACGCAUUCAAAUCACUUUUGGAAUCUGCAAAUGUUCAGUCUGAUUGGACCUGGGAACAGGCAAUGAGAGAAAUUAUCAAUGACAAAAGAUAUGGUGCUCUGAAAACACUAGGUGAGAGGAAGCAAGCAUUUAAUGAGUACUUGGGUCAAAGGAAGAAGCUGGAGGCUGAAGAGAGGCGCAUGAGGCAGAAAAAAGCUAGGGAAGAAUUCACGAUAAUGUUGGAAGAGUCCAAAGAACUCACAUCAUCCACCAGAUGGAGCAAAGCUGUAAGUAUGUUUGAAAAUGAUGAACGCUUCAAGGCUGUUGAACGAGCUAGAGAUAGAGAAGAUCUUUUUGAAAGCUACAUUGUGGAACUUGAAAGGAAGGAGAAAGAAAAGGCUGCAGAAGAGCAUCGUCGGAAUGCAGCAGAAUACAGGAAAUUUCUAGAAUCUUGCGACUUCAUUAAGGUGAAUAGCCAGUGGCGAAAAGUUCAAGUUCGCCUGGAGGAUGAUGAGAGAUGCUUGCGCCUUGAGAAGCUUGAUCGCUUGCUCAUUUUCCAGGACUACAUCCGUGACCUGGAGAAGGAAGAAGAGGAACAAAAGAAGAUACAGAAGGAACAAUUGAGGCGAGUUGAGAGGAAAAACCGUGACGAGUUUCGCAAGCUUAUGGAAGAACAUAUUGAUGCUGCUGCUCUUACUGCUAAAACUCCAUGGCGGGAUUAUUGUUUGAAGGUUAAGGAUUUGCCUCAGUAUGAAGCUGUUGCAUCAAAUACCUCUGGCUCAACACCUAAAGACCUGUUUGAGGAUGUUACUGAAGAAUUAGAGAAACAGUAUCAUGAUGACAAAGCUCGUGUGAAAGACACACUGAAGUUGGGGAAGGUUUCCUUUGAAUCCAGCUGGACAUUUGAUGACUUCAAGGCAGCUAUCUUGGAAGACAUUGGUUCUCCUCCAAUAUUAGAGAUAAACUUAAAGCUUGUAUAUGAGGAGUUACUAGAGAGAGCCAAGGAGAAAGAGGAGAAAGAAACUAAAAAGCGUCAACGUCUUGCUGAUGACUUCACUAAGCUAUUACACAGUAAAAAGGAAAUAACUACAACUUCUAAUUGGGAGGAUUGUAGACAACUUUUUGAAGAGUGCCAAGAAUACAGAGCAAUUGGUGAGGAGAGCGUGACAAGGGACAUUUUUGAGGAAUACAUUACACACCUACAGGAGAAGGCUAAAGAGAAAGAACGGAAGCGCGAGGAAGAAAAAGCCAGAAAAGAAAAGGAGAGGGAGGAGAAGGAGAAGCGAAAAGAGAAGGAGAAGGAUAGAGAUCGUGAAAGGGAAAAAGGGAAGGAACGAUCUAAGAAGGAAGAUACAGAUAGUGAGAACAUGGACAUAACUGAUAGCCAUGGUAAUAAAGAGGAUAAGAAAAGGGAAAAAGACAGAGACAGAGACAGAGACAGGAAACACCGGAAGCGGCAUCAAAGUGCUACAGAUGACAUAAGUUCAGAUAAGGAUGAGAAAGAAGAUUCUAAGAAACGCAAACAUAGCAGUGACCGCAAAAAAUCAAGAAAACAUGCUUACUCACCCGAAUCAGAUGGUGAAAGCCGGCAUAAAAAGCACCGGAGAGACCACCGGGACUCCCGCAGAAAUGGCGGACAUGAGGAACUUGAAGAUGGAGAGCUUGGGGAGGAUGAAGAAAUCCAGUAGUCGUAUUGGUUUGUGGAAGAUUCAGGUAAUUUCAUGGCCUAGACAUAGUGGACACAUCUUCGUCGGGCAUACAUAGUAUGGUUUCAGAGAUGAUACGGUGUAUGCAUUGUUAAUUAUGACAGUAGGACUAAUUUGUAACAAAUUGUGUUCCUGAAUGACGUAUGGAAAGGUAUGUUGGAUUUCUGUGUUAGCAUGGGGCGUUUAGGAAAAGAUCAACGGGACAUGUAAUGGAAAAAUGAACUAGUGAUUUGUAGGAAAGCACAAGGGUCAAAUAAUACGAGCACUUCUAAUUA